AUGGCCACUGAUUCAGGCUACGGUGGCUCACAAAGCUACGGGUCAUAUGCCGGUCAGCAGAGUGGACAGGGUUAUGGACAAGGAAAUGGCAGUGGCUCUUAUGGGGGACAGAGUUACAGUGGUUAUGGACAGCCACCAGCACCAGCAGCAGCAGCAGCAACACAAGAGGGUUAUAGCCAGUCUGCGCCACAAAGCUAUGAGAAUUACGGACAGGCAUCAUCUGGGUAUGGCGACAAGUCGUCAUCGUCUUCUUCUCAGGGGCAGCAAGGUUCCUAUGCUAGCCAGGGUCAAGGAGGAGACAGCUACGGACAGCAGAGCUCCUAUGGUGGCCAGGGGCCACGGGGUGGUAGCGGCGGUGGUGCUAGCAGUGGUGGUGGUGGCGGUGCCAGCUAUGGAAGAUGGAGUGAAGGUGAGGAAGGUGGGCGGUUUGGACGUGACCAAGGCGAUCGUUCCGAAGGAGGCGGGGGCUUCAGAGGCCGAGGCCGUGGCGGCUAUGACCGCGGUAGCUACGACCGCAGUGGUGGCUACGACCGCAGUGGUGGCUACGACCGUGGCGGAGGACCUCCUGGUAUGGGAGGUGGUGACCGUGGUGGCUACAAAAAUUACGGUGGCUCUCGAGACUUCGACUCAAGGGAUGAACCAGCUGGUGAUCAGGACAACUCUGACAACAACACCAUUUUUGUUCAGGGACUGGCAGAAGAGGCCACGGUUCAGGAAAUCGGCGACUACUUUAAGCAAAUUGGUAUCAUCAAGGUGAACAAGAAAACUGGCCUCCUGAUGAUCAACAUCUACACUGACAAGGCCACCGGUCGGCCAAAGGGAGAAUGUACAGUGUCAUUUGAUGACCCGCCCUCUGCCAAAGCUGCUAUUGAGUGGUUUGAUGGCAAGGAGUUCAGUGGCAAACCCAUCAAAGUAUCAUUUGCCACCCGCAGAGCUGAGUUUACACAAAGAGGAGGUGGAAUUGGAGGUGGAGGUGGCAGAGGAGGAGGUGGACGAGGAGGAGGAGGAGGGGGUGGUGGAGGAGGUUUCAGAGGUCGUGGCGGUGGAGGAGGACCAAGCUUUGACAUCAAGGGAGGCGACUGGCCCUGUCCCAACAGCUCUUGUGGCAACAUGAAUUUUGCACGGCGGCAAGAGUGUAACAAGUGUGGCACCCCAAAACCAGGAGAUGGAGGUGGUGGUGAUCGUGGAGGAAGAGGUGGUUAUGGCGGUGACAGAGGUGGAGGCUUCAGAGGUCGUGGAGGUUUCCGUGGGGGAGACCGUGGAGGCUACGGGGGAGGUGGUGGUGGAUUCGGAGGAGGUUAUAAAAUGGGAGGAAGAGGUGACCGUAGAGACGACAGAAGAGAACGGCCAUACUAGGUGUUGAGCAGACGGAAACCAUCCCAGCCCCCGAGUUCGCCAUGGAGGGAGGGUUUAGUUUGGGGGAAACUGGGGGGGAAGGACCGGCAAUCAGACAGUCUGAUUUGUGCUUUCUGUAGCCAGUGCAUCCCAACUAUUACUGCUCAUGUGAGCGAAGAGGAGCGGAUGUGUUGAGCUACUGUAUAGGGACUUUGAGGCUGAUUGGCAUGUGGUCAAAUGUUUUUUUGUUUUGAUUUUGUUUUUUGGUUUUUUUUCCUCUGUUUUGUUUUAUUUCUUUGUACAUCUUUUUAAUUUCCUCUCAGAUUCUAGUUGCAGAUGUUAUUGUGAGGUAGACUUCAUAUCUUUUUGGUUUUUGUAUGAACGGAUUACAUGUUUUACUUCUUUUUGUUUGUUUUUCCCAUAAUGAUAUUAAAAGACUGAUCUUU